GCCACCACCAUCCACUUGUCGCCCAGCCACUGGAUCAGCUCCCGCUCCGACGCGCCCCGCGCGAGCCACAGCAGCAGCAGCAGCAGAAGGCGUCCCUGCUGUUGUAAAGAAAAACCCGGGGGCCGCGUGAGAAAGCAGUAUAGCCGCGGCAACGUAAACACACGCGCACGCGCGCCGAAGAACAACAACGCAUAAAAGCGCCCCGACUGCGGAGGAGGCUUUCGGCGCAAGGCGAGAAGCCGUCGUCUUGCGUUUCACGUCGCGUAUCGGCGGGCGCCGGUUCUUCCUCUCCCAGCCGUCACACCCUCCCUUCACCGUCGACGGGAGGAAGACGCGACGCCAAGGAUGACUCGGCGGCGACGCCGGCAAGAACGGCGGCGCCGGGCUGACCAGGCGCCUCGUUUAUAUAAACAAGGAAACCAAGAACCCCGUCUGCUUCCCCACACCCACCGCUUGCGGCGACCACCGGAAGACUUCGAACCCCCUGGGAACGGGACGUUCAGAACUCCGCGCCGGCGCAUGGAACGUGCGCUGCUCAACCUGGUCGCCGCUGAUCGGGUUCUGGGACGACGACUCGCGUACGCGAGCCCUUGGCAAGUGCAUCUGACGCAUGCGCUAUGUGCGCUUCGUACUGGUAGUUCCACUGGCAAGGUGUCCGAUUCGGCUUUCGCGGGUGAGCUUAGUCGCAGGUAUGGUCUAGGAGGCGUUGUGGGUGACUUGCGGACUGCGGUUGAGAAACACAGACGGUGCCGUCGGUAUAUAAUGGCAUGGGUGUUGUGAUUCGUUGACGCCCUCGUGCUUGACAACUUGCGUUGAGCUUCUUCGUAAGUAUGUCUCGCCGAAGUGGACGCGCUGGACAGCCUGGUAAGCCAUAAUGGAUGACGCAGAGCUCCUUCCUAGCUAAACAUCUUAAGUUACCCGUACGUGCGCGUCUGCGUUCUCUAGUCAUCGUAGUUUCUGUUGUCUGUGUUCGGCGUAUUCACGGCGUGCUAUAACGAUGAACUUCCCGAGAAGACAGUAGCUCUCGCCGGAUUGAAGUCCAAGAGCUGUGGAGGGGACAUUCUGUGCUUCCGGAGAGCCCGAACUAUUUCGCGGCGUUUUACUGCACUUUGAAAGACCUGCGUUUCUCUAGGAAACAAGCUUUUCAGCGGCGACGUACUGCGGCAUCUGCCUGAAGAACUUCUGGGCAUGAAAAACUUUUUCAGAAAUUGUAUGUUCCGUCGUAAUGUCUUCUGCAAGUGGCACGUGGCGAUGAACAGUGCGUAUGACACGGGCCUGAGUAAGCGAUUGACUUUACAGCGAGCAUGUUACUGAGCGCUUAGGUAUGUAUUACAAUUAGAUUACGAAGAAUUCUCUGAACUCUCCCCUGCUAUCUAUUUUUGAGAAUCCCAUGGCGAUGUUUCUCAGCAGGCUAAGCUUUAUCCAGCACGAAAGGAUUCAUAUUUGAAAUCCAUGUCAAGUUACGUACGACUGUUCUGAACAUAGGAUGAAAGUGCUGACGAGGCUGUGGCUGUUCGUUCUCCUGUUCACGACUUUGUGCCCGACACUCGAGCCACAUGGUGUCCGAGUGGAAGGACGUUCGAUUCACACACGAUAUCCGGGACCGACUCCGAAAAGUGAACGUCUUAAUGCACUAGGUGCUAUACUUAAGCGGCACGUCGCUAAGCUGCGAAGUGCCCCGAUGGCGGAGCUGGUCUUUCUCGUCGAUAGCUCGGCGUCGGUGGGCGCCGAAAACUUCGUCAACGAACUGCGCUUCGUGAGAAAGCUGCUGGCCGACUUCACCGUGUCCCACGAUAGGACCCGCGUGGCCCUGGUGACAUUCAGCUCGAAGAAGAAGGUGGUCCGCGAGGUGGACCACAUCACAACGCCGUCGGCCGAGAACCAUAAGUGCGCUCUGCACAACAGGCAGCUGGCCGGUGCGAGGUACUCUGGCGGUGGAACCUUCACCCUUGGGGCCAUGAAAGAAGCCAUGGACAUUCUCAAGUUUGCUCGAGAAGACGCUGCCAAAGCAGUGUUCCUUGUGACGGACGGUUACUCGAACGGAGGGGAUCCUCGGCCAUGCGCGAAGAUGCUGCGCGACAGUGACGUCACUAUCUACACGUUCGGAAUACGCAAUGGAAACGUACGGGAACUGCAGGACAUGGCCUCGACUCCAUACGACGAGCACUGUUACAUAAUGGACAGCUUCGAGGAGUUCGAGGCACUCGCUCGAAGAGCUCUUCACGAAGAUAUGCACGUGGGCCCGCACCAGCUGGUGAACGCGACCGAGUGCGCGGGACUGUGUUCGGAAGCCGACCCGUGCUGUCACCACGAGGCGCUCUGCACGUGUGGGAUAUCGUCGGGCCAGUACGCCUGCCUCUGUCCCAAAGGGCACUACGGAUCGGGACUCAGGGGAGAUUGUCACCCGUGUCCUCGGGGCACCUACCAGCCCGUGGAAGCCAGCGGAGACGCGAGCAUCUGCAUUCCGUGCCCGCACGCGCACCAGAACUCUUCGCCGGGCAGCACCAGUGUGGCCCAGUGCCACUGCAAGAGGGGCUACAGCACCGAGGGCGGCACCUGCAAGGUGGUCCACUGCGACCCGCUGAGUCCCCCGGCCAACGGGUACAUGGUGAAUGCAGACUGCGAGGUGGUUUUCAACGCCGCCUGCGGGUUCCGCUGCAACCCAGGUUACCGCCUCAUCGGCAACAGCAUACGUGUCUGUCAACACGAUGGCACCUGGUCUGGCAGCGAUCUCGAGUGCGAAAAGAAGAAAUGUGCCCCGCUGGAAGCGCCCCUCCGUGGAUCCAUGAGCUGCUCCAGCGACUCGUUCGACUUCGACACGACGUGCGAGUUCGAGUGCCAGAGGGGGUACGCGCUGAUUGGGUCCCGCAAGCGGACCUGCCUCUCCAUCGCCCUGUGGGACGGCCUGCCCGCACUCUGCCGACCCGUCACCUGCCCACCCUUGGUGGCACCGGCUAACGGGGCCUUGAGCCCAGCCCACUGCAGCGAGACGAAGUCGUCGUUCGGCGAAGACUGCACUGUCACCUGUGCCGACGGAUUCCGCGUCUCGGGCCCCGACACUCGCCACUGCCUCAGCACGGGGACGUGGAGUGAGCCCGACGACGUGACCAUCUGCGCUGGUACUGAGCCUCCUGUGAUCAGAAACUGCCCAGGUGAUAUAGUUGUCAACUCGGAGCCAGGUUACGGAGAAGCAAUCGUCGACUGGGAGAUGCUUGAGGCUGUGGACAAGACCGGAGCUUCGCUCUUCCUCAACGUGGCUCCAUCUGUGAUGCCGCCACACUUGUUCCCCAUUGGACAGCACGAAGUGUCGUACUGGGCCGAGGACGAGUGGGGAAACACGGCGUUCUGCAACUUUACCGUGACGGUAGCAGACGAGGAGCCACCGUUUGUUGAAAGCUGUUCCGACCCGCCUGAGGCGUUUUCUGACGGGCAAUCAGUCGCAUACGUGUCCUGGGAGGAGCCGGUGUUCUCGGACAACUCGGGAGAAGAUGUGAAGUUAUGGCAAUCCCACAGCCCGGGAAUGUUUCCUGUGGGCGAUACGUUAAUCACAUACGUAGCAACCGACGCCUCUGGAAACAACGCCUCUUGUGUCAUCAAAGUCACUGUGAGAGAGCACCGAUGUACCCAGCCACCACCUCCAGCCAAUGGGAACGCUGACUGCCAAAGCACCACUUCUGGUGUCACUUGCAUUGUUUCUUGCUUGGAGGGCUAUGGUCUUGAACCUGACAGCCCCAGUGAAUUCUCGUGCACCUUCGCCGAGGGAUGGGCUCCCUAUCGACCACAGUCUUUUCCCGACUGCUCUGAGUCUGUACCCUCACCGGCGGCAACGGUAAACGCGAGGAUGCUGUACUCUGCGCCGCUAGGAUUGGAGUGCGAUGAAACAACGCAAAUGAAUAUGCGCGACCACAUCCAGGUGAAGCUGGCAACACAGGCGGCCAUGUGUCCCGAAGGUGUGAGCUGCGCUGUUGAAGACCUACAUGUCGAUUGCUCUAAGGGUGGCGCGACACCGAGUGGCCACCGGUACAAACGCUCGAAAGAGACGGAAAUCGGCGUCUCUUUCCGUAUCACAGGUUCGCACAACGAAAGAACCUCCUCAUCCGACAAACAUAUUCUGUCAGCCAUGAAAGAUUUUCUGGCGAGACUGAAAGAGGCCAUGCUUCGGAAGGAGCUGGAUGUCGCGCUGGAAGAAGGCGACCUGACUGCAACGGCACUUGAAGAGUCGGAAGACGACGCCCGCCUGGUUUGUCCUCCAGGAAGCAUUCCCUCACUGUCGCAUUGUGUGAAAUGCCCCGUGGGAACUUACUUCGAAUAUUACAACAAAACUCAAGCAAAAUGCCGACCCUGUCCCAAGGGCACAUUCCAGACGAGCGAAGGACAGGGAAUGUGCGCCCGCUGCCCGAAUCGCACUUCCACUGCCACUGCAAGGUCCAAGAGUGAGCAAGACUGUAAAGAGCAGUGCAGGCCGGGAACUUUCUCAGAGACGGGGUUAAGGCCGUGCAAACGUUGCCGCAAGUCCCACUACCAGACCGAUUACGGAACGGCAAGCUGUACGCCGUGCCCAAGCGGGACGCGGUCCAAGCGUCGAGGAUCCGUAAGCGUGAAAGAAUGUGAAGCGCUUUGUUCUCCUGGUUUCGUGUCCAAGUCCGGCGUCGUGCCUUGCUUCAAGUGUCCGAACGGGUAUUACCAGCCUAAGCAGGGACAGAAGGCGUGCCGCAGAUGUCCCGACGGCGCCGGGGACGUGGCGAUGGCCCAAGACAAGGCGGUCUCCGGUCACUGCAACGGUUCUGUUCCCUCAACUGAGAGGGUGGACUUGCCAGAAUCUGUGGAAGCCAAUCCCUGCCUUUCUCAACCAUGUUCAAACGGAGCGACAUGUAUCGCAGUGCCUGCUGGUUUCCUAUGCGUGUGCCAACCUCUAUUUGCAGGGCUGCGAUGUGAACGCAGGAUAAACCAGUGCACCAGAAAUUCGUGCCGAUUUGGAGCGAAAUGCAGCGAAGAACCGGGCGGCUUCAGCUGUCAUUGCCCUGCCGGCCGUACGGGCACCGACUGCUCGGAAGACGUCGACGAAUGCGCCUUCGACUCCUGCCUGAACAACGGCACUUGCUUGAACACGCUCGGCAGCUUCAGCUGCAGCUGCAAGCAGGGAUUUGGAGGUCAGACCUGUUCUGUGGACGAGGACGAAUGUCUGAGCGCACCCUGCCUAAACGGAGGCACGUGUCUAGAUCAGCCCGGAAACUUCAGCUGCCUCUGUCCCGCACUGUUCGGUGGACGCUGGUGCGAGGAGGAACUGGACGCCUGCGCUAACGGGCCCUGCCUCAACGGCGCGAAAUGUGUGAACCUGGGAUCUAGCUAUCGAUGCGUGUGUUCACCCGGAUACGAUGGCGAGCACUGCGAUAUAGAUAUCGACGAGUGCUCCGCUGCACCUUGCAACGAGGGGUCAACGUGCCUAGACCUCGUGGGCAGAUUCGAGUGCUCGUGUCCGCCUGGACUCACCGGAAGAUUGUGCGAGUCAGAAGCGGACCCUCGUUUCAAGCUUUACUUCUCUGGCACGAAUGUGUUUGACAGGGCAUCCGUCGAGUCGUUGAGGAAGCCUUUGAAGGAACUGACAGCUUGCAUGUGGUUGAAGACGACGGACAGACACAACUACGGUACACCCUUCUCUUACGCAACGGAUGGUGUCGACAACAUGCUGACUUUCACAGACUACAGCGGCUUUGUGUUGUACGUCAACGGACACCGCAUUAUCACGGACGUCACAGCCAAUGACGGCUACUGGCACCACGUGUGCUUCAGCUGGUCUUCGGCGGAAGGCCUGUGGAGCGUUCUCAAAGACGGCAGACUGGCGGAGAGCGGCGCCGGACUGGCUGUCGGCACAGAGAUACCAGCGGACGGAACCCUGGUCCUCGGCCAGGAACAAGACAGGCGGGGAGGCAGUUUCUCCAUCUCAGAGUCCUACUCCGGCGAGAUGACGCAAGUGAACGUGUGGAGCACCGUGCUGAGCGUCGACGAAGUGGCCAAACUCCUUACCCGCUGUCAGUUCUACUUCGGCGAUGUGGUCGCGUGGACCGACUUCCGGGAACGUCUUAGCGGGCACAUCUCGGCAGUCAGCUGGGGAUUUUGCCAAGGGUGUCCACCGCCUCCAGCACCCAUCCACGGAUUGGCCAGCUUCUCGGCGACCAGUACUGCAUCCGUGGCCACCUACAGCUGUGACCAAGGAUACGACGUUCAGCGGGCCAUAACCCGUAGGUGUCUUGCGUCAGGGGAAUGGUCGCAUCCGAUACCAGUGUGCAUCGGCGUACCGUGUGGGAUUCCUGCAGAGCCAGCAAAUGGCAGCGUCCGAGGAUCGGCAUUCCGGUACUCGGCUAAGGUCACGUACGUCUGCAGCAGAGGCUACCGCAUCAUCGGAUCUACCGACAGACGCUGCCAAGAGGACGGGCGCUGGAGCGGAGAAGAACCACGAUGCGAGAGCAUCACAUGCGAGGCCCCACCGCAGGUCACAAAUGGAGUACUGGCUCCCUUCAACGAGAGCCUGUUUCAGCCGGGCUGUAAGCUCCGAGUCAUUUGCGAAAAGGGUUACGAGUUUCGCGAGAGAGAACUCGUGUGCACGGAACACGGGGAGUGGAGUCCUCGCAACGCCGUCUGCCAGCCAGUCGGCUGCCAUGAACCGUUCACGAUAGCCAAUGGUGUCGCGGGACUCUCCUCGGAAUUGGACGGCGCGCGCAUCGUCGUGACGGUAACUUACUCUUGCCACGAGGGGUUCGUGCUCAGAGGUUCGCAGACCCUGACCUGUGACGUAGAAGUGGGGACUGUGGUCACACGACCCUCCGACGUCUGUCGCUGCAAUCUUGGCUACAAGAUUUCUGGUCACAUGGAGAUAGUCUGCAUGGCAAACAAGACGUGGUCUUCGUUGGAAGCGACAUGCACGCCUAUGAAGUGUCCAACACCUGCAAAUCCUCAACACGGUGAAGUAGUUACCGCGAGCGUGGAGUUUGGAGCCAUGGCUAGCUACCUGUGUCAUCCUAAUUACACACUACUGGGAAGCCGCUGGAGAAGGUGCGGCUACGAUGGGUCGUGGAGCGACCACGAGCCAACGUGCGUUCCCCUCGAGUGCCCUCCUCAUCCACCUAUCGCUAAUGGCAGAGUCAUCGGAUCGGGCCGGACACUGGGCAGCAGCGUCUCGGUCACUUGCUCCCGCGGCUUCGAACUGCGCGGCGCCUCUACGCGCAUCUGCCACGCCGCUGCACUGUGGUCGCCGCCCAAGACGCCGUUGUGCGAGCCUGCGGACUGCUCCGAGCCCAUCGUGGGGCCGCACGCGGUGCUCUCGUACACGGACACUGCUCUGGGCAGCCCGGCACGCUUCUCUUGCGCCGACGGCUACGUCCUGGUGGGCAACGAGGUGGCGGUGUGCAGCUGGGGAGGACUGUGGGCGCCGUCGAUUCCCGACUGCGUACCGGUGGACUGCGGACCGCCACCGCCGUUAGAGCAUGGACAAGCAGUGGAAUCAGACAGCGCGAAGUUCCAAAGCGUGGCCAAGUACAGCUGCCGAGCGGGUUUUCGUCUCUUGGGCUCGGGCAAACGAACGUGCACAGCGAACGGAACGUGGAAUGGUGACAUCAGGUGCGACGUCGUAUCGUGUCCCGAGCCAGAGGAAGUGCCCCACGGUACCGCUGUCUACCCAAGCACCACCUAUGGUUCUAGCGUUGAGUACCAGUGCGACCCCUGGUUCGAGCUGCACGGAGCCCAGCAGAGGACGUGCCUAGCUGAUGGAACGUGGUCGGACUCAGCUCCGCAGUGCCAGCCGAUGUCGUGCACAGUGCCGAGACCAAUCAAACAUGGACGGGUCCACACCACGCCGUCCUUCAGUCUGUUCGCUUGCGAACGGGGCUUCAGGCUCGUCGGGCCAAAAGCUCUUAGGUGCCGCGCUGAUGGAACCUGGAGCGGCGAGCUUCCCGAAUGCGUUCCCAUGAACUGUUCGCUUCAUGGACAAGUGUCCAACGGGAGACUAGUCCAGGACGACGCAACAGGGGAGACGGUUCGUGCCUCCUGCGACCCGCGCUACCGGCUGCAGGGCGUCGACCGGUGGACAUGCCUGGCUGACGGGUCCUGGAUGGUGCCAGGAGAGACCACGUGUCUGCUAGCCGAGUGCCCUCCCCCCGACCCUCCUGUCAACGGAGUCGUCUCAGGAACUGAUUUCAACAUAUCGAGCGUCGUCUUCUACCACUGCAACCCGGGCUACACCCUCGACGGCCUGCAGCAAAGAGCCUGCCUGGAGACCGGACAGUGGGAGCGUGACGUGCCAACUUGCAACCCGGUGGAAGGGUGCGGCACGGCAGCACGCCCAUGUCCCGACUCCUCCUGCCCGGAACCUCAGCAACCCCUCAAUGGUCACGUCACCUACGAUCGACUCACGGUGGGGGGCACAUCCAACUACACCUGCCAGCCCGGGUACCGCCUGUCGGGGCCAUCCUCUAGGCUUUGCGGUCGUAACGGACGCUGGGAAGGCAGGGAGCCCUUGUGCCGAGCCAGACGGUGCCCCCCUCUACAGGCCACACCGGAGCACGCCCGCGUGGACUACACGGGUUUCACUCAGGGCCACAACGCCACCUAUUCCUGCGACAACGGUUACUCGGCCCGGGGACCCUCGAGGUCCGUCUGCCAGUCCGACGGUUCUUGGAAGCGGGAGGGAAUAUUCGAGUGUCUGCGCGACCACUGUCAGCCCCUGCAGAGCCCAGCUCGAGGAAGGCUGAUUCUGGAGGGCGCCUGGCUGGGCGCAAAGGCCCACUACGAAUGCGACGCUGAUCACAAUAUCCUGGGAGGUGCCUCUCGCGUCUGCAGCCCUGACGGCACCUGGAGCGGAAAAGAGGCCUCGUGUGUCCCCCCUUGACGAUUCGGAGGGCACUACUUUGUCUCUCUUCUUCGCGAAGAAAUGUGCACAAAGACAAACUUGGACGUGGGACAACGCGGAUUUAAUUGUGCACAGGAGUUCUUGUACUAGUCUUAGAGAGAGAGAGAGAUGUUUUUAACGAAAGCCAGAGAUGUCUGCGUGGACGACGGCCUGGCAUGCUACUCCUGGUGUUGAGUGAAAUAUACGUAUUUGUAAACAGCGAUAAGACAAACACGCAAACGGCGCAUACAAGACACGUGCGCACGCACUCUAACUGUUCAUAAAGUCGUGACUAUUACCAUGUGUUCAGUGUUAUUAAUGUGAUUUGGGAACUUAAAUCAAUUUGCGGUAUGUUUGUGUCUGCCCGUCUAAUGGUCCGUAUCUAACCUUUUUCUCGCCAACUUGGACGACUGGGGUCACUGAG